AGGCCACAGCGCCGGAUGAAAACUGGCUCCGAAACUGUGGUUAUUUUUGCCGUCAAAAGCACCAAACCGUGUUGUAUAUGUGUAAUUUGUGAUUUGCGUAUCAAAAGACAAUUAUUUAUGAUGUCUGUGUCACUGGUAAGAGGUGGAACUAGGUUCCUCCAAAGGGCUGGCAGGCAGCUCUUGCCAGCCCCUGUUGUUCCCCUGCGGCCUCAGGUGGCAGGCAUUGUAGGGAAAGCUCUUCGUGACAAGGACUACAAGCGUCCAGUUCCAUUUCCCUAUAAAAAGGACUCCUAUGGCCUCUUAUCUGCUAUGGUGGAUUGGACGACCCAUCGCUUUGAUGAGAAUUCAAAAAUUUUGGUGGUGGAUGGGCCUGUGGCAGCUGGAAAGACAAAGUUUGCAAAAGAACUAGCAGAAGAACUAGACAUGAUGUACAUGCCUGAGGCCAACAUGGAUAUGGUAUACAUCAAUCCAUAUGGAUACAACAUGCGUCAACUGGAUCCACAACUCCCUGAUUCCUGCAAGAGUUAUGAUGAGAAAGACUUUCUUACUUGUCCAUCACACCCUAAUGCACCAAAAUUCCAGUUUGACAUGCUGAAGAUUCGCCUUGAGCAGUAUGUUGAUGCUCUGGCACAUGUAUUGAAUACUGGUCAGGGUGUGGUGAUGGAUCGCAGUGUGUACAGUGACUGUGUGUUCAUGGAGACAAUGGUGCAGUUUGGCUACAUGAGCAAAGAGGCCCGUAUGGUGUACUAUGAAAGUCGAGCAAGGUCAAUGCCUGUACUGAUGCGGCCGCAUUUGGUAAUUUAUCUGGAUGUCCCAGUGAAAGAAGUACAGCGGAGAGUUGCAGCCCGGCCGCCACCUUACCCCAACUCUCUGUUCAGUAAGCCUGAGGUGCUUGCCCAUAUGGAACAUGUCUACAAACAGCAGUAUUUGAAAGAGAUCAGCACUCAUGCAGAGCUGCUCAUUUAUGACUGGACUGAAAGUGGGGAUGUUGAGGUGGUGGUAGAAGACAUUGAACGAAUCAACUUUGAUGAUUAUGGCCCCUAUGAUCCCAAAAUGGCAGACUGGCGCAUUGAGAGAGAAUUGGACUGGAGCAGUGUUCGUAUAAAGUACAGCAAGUACAAGCAUCGCAUCGUGCAUAGCAUGAGUGUUCCAGCCUACUCGGUGGAUGAGUUGAUAAUUAAUGCUGAGGAUGCCAAUACUUUCAAGAAUGUUUGGUGGAAUGCCCCUGGAAUGAAGUAUGAAGUUGGAUUCAAUGCUGAUCAAGGAGACCAGUUCAUCGCCUUGAAGACAAAAGCUGGAUUCAUUUAGCUGUUUGGUUUAUGGUUGCUGUCAUCCCUGUUCUGCUGUCAUAUGGGAUGCCAUAAAGAAAGUCUAUGUAUAGUGCCUGACAAAAAAUCAGGUAUUUUAGCCAUUAUUCUAAUUAUUGUGUAUAGAAGAAAUAAAAUGUAUCUUGUAUA